AUGAGUUACAUUCUUGUAUUUCAAGUGAAACCCAAUGUUGAAUCAUUGAAUCCAACCAAUCAACUUUCAUGUGUGAUCGGCCAAGACACUCAAUUGACGUGGAAGUUCACUGGUAUUGAGAAGCCUCACGUAUCAUGGCUGUUCAAUGAACAAACAUUGCAGAAAAACGAUCGAUUUCAAGUGACAGAAAGUAAUGACGGGACAUCAACACUGUCUAUUCGUAACGCGAACUUCGUGGAUAGUGGUAUCUAUACUGCUCGUGCAACAAAUAGCGUCGGUGAAGCUGAAGCAAAAACCACAUUGUCUGUUGUUGGUAUUAAACCAGUCAUCAAAAUCGACCUCAAUGAACAAUUGAAAGUUGUGAAAGGAGAAAGAGUUAUUUUGAAUUUGGUUGCUUUUGGAACUCCGAAGCCGGAAAUCGUUUGGAUGAAAGGUUAUAGUCAAGUGACAUCCAAUAACCGCAUUGGUAUAAGUUCAACAGCGAAUAACUCUGAUGAAACAUAUACUCUGAUAAUUGAAAAGGUUGAAGUCGAAGACGAAGGCGAAUAUUCAGUCGUAGUGAAAAAUAGUGCAGGGUCAGUGAACUCAAGAAGAUGUAAAAUGGCUGUCACUGGUGAGUACCAGACCUGUUUUGUGUUGCUAUCAUACGAGGAGUACUUUUUAUCUGCCGUUUUACUAUUUGCAAAUGAUAAUGGUGGUUCGUCAGUUGAAUAUUUCCUGAAUAGGUGCCAGCAAUGACUUUUGUGAUGCUUUAUGGAUCAUUCUGUAUCUUCGACAGGUGGUUGACCUUCAGCAGUUACCAACUUUUCUCUUUGGAAUUGACUCAUAUAGAAUGAAAAAGUGAUCGAACCCGAUCAUUGGUCGGGUGUUCAGUGGCAUCCUGUCACACCUGUUUCCGGUUGAAUGACGUUCCAUCACUUGUCUCCGCUUGAAAAUAUCUCAUAGCAGCAAAUAUUUUGAAUUUUAUGUCUGUAGUGGCAUAAACUCUAUUAAGUCACAGAAACUACCGGAAAUUUGGAAGGACAAAGAAGCUAGUGUAAUGAUUGCAGUUGAAAGAAGAAUUGGUCUUUUAGAACUCUAGGAUAUGGGAGUCUCAUGAAGUGACAAAAACGUCAUAAUAUUUAGGUUACAAAUCUUGCUUCUUCUCAACUAUUGUGUCUGUCUAAGGCUUAAAGUUUCUAUUCUGUCUCUAGACUUCGUCACUCCCUUUUGGAAUUCAAAUACUGCAGAACUACUUAGUGCCACCUUGUUGAUCAUCAGAUUGGGUCUCGUGUAUCGGUCUCCUCAAAUGAUUACCGAUGUAGAUGCUAUCAGAUUGCUCGCUUAAAACAUUAAUAUUACUAAUCCGUAUCAGACCAUACAAAUAUGUAGCAUUUCCUCAGAUGCCCAUCAGAAAGUGAUGCAUUUAUGCAAUCAACUGUUAUGAGGAUGUAAAGAAAAGUAAAAGUAUGUCAGAAAAAUGCCUCGACUAUGAAAUAUUUCUCUGUAGUUCAAGCGUCAUGUCAUGAGAAAGACGUUAGGAUGUGGUUACAUUAUAAAAAAAUCUCUUUUCCACUGAACUAUUUUUCAGGUUCCAGAGUGGCUAAGAAACUUCUAUGGGUUCUUCAAAUGGAUAUACGCGUGGAACCUUUGCUAAAAAACCUUUUCAAGAUCAGUAGGACUCAAAAACAUUCCGUGGGGAAAAGAAAAAGACAUCCAAGGUGGAAACGC